UUUUAUUACUUACUAAAUAAAACAGCACGUGCCUUUCGUUGGAAACAGGGUCUUGUUCUUGUUUCUCUUUGUGCGUGUAUUUGAGCUGCAAGGAUGGCUCCGCGGUAUGAAUUAGCUGUCGGUCUGAACCGAGGUCACAAAACGACCAAAAUUCGUGUUGCGAAAAAUAAAGAUGAGAAGAAGAAGACAGUAUGCGUCUUGCCAGCAAGACUGAAGGGGAGACAAACUAAACACAGCAAAUUUGUCAGAGAUUUAAUUCGUGAAGUAACUGGACAUGCACCAUAUGAGAAGCGUGCUAUGGAAUUGUUGAAGGUUUCUAAGGAUAAACGUGCGCUUAAGUUCUUGAAAAGAAGGUUGGGCACUCAUAUCAGAGCCAAGAGGAAACGUGAAGAACUUGGAAACAUUCUUGUCCAGAUGAGGAAAGCAGCUGCUCAUCAUUAAACACGUUAUUCAAUUUUUAUAAUAAGUACAUAAUAAAAAUAUAUGUAACAAAAUA